AUGUUUACAGCUUCUGAUGAAGUGUGGAAUGGAUAUUUUAAGGCACAUCCAAACCACAAAUACAUGCGAUAUGACUCCCACGACCAGUUUGAGGAUAUGAAAAUCAUAUUUGAUGGUACAGCUGCCACCGGUAGUAAUGCCAUUGGACUGGGUGAUAGUACUGAUGCUUGCACUUACCGGGUUGGUGAUAAUCAAGUGAAUGAUAACUUGAUUUCUUGUGACAGCGGCGACGAGCUUAGUGACGCAUCACCCAUUUCAGACAAACAUAGAAGAGGUCGUGCAGAAAAGCUUGUCGCAAGAAAGAGAUCCAAAAAGGAAGCGUGCAAUAAUUCAGAGGAGCAGAAGAGUGAUAACAAUGAUUAUGUGGUCACAGUGAGCAACAAGAUCCUUGGUAUCAUACAACAAAGAGAAAAACGACAACAAAAAGAAGCUGAAAAAAGAGAAGCAGAGAAAAAGAAAAACAGUGUAUGGGAUGCUAUGAAAGGGAUCACCAAUUUGGAUCAGCGUGCCAAAUUUAAAGCUGUUACCCUUAUCUAUUCCUUGGGAAUGAAUGAUGUAUUUGCAGAUAUGUCCGUAGAAGAACGCUAUGGUUGGAUUCAGACCAAUAUUAGCUUAGAGUGA